AUGCUUUCAACACUUGCUGGAGAAGUCCAAAGGCCACAAGAGGGCUCGGAUCUUCCUGCACCUUGUGCCCUCUGGCCAGUGGACGUAAUACUGACGCACGUUGACUGUGGUCAAGAUGACAUUCUGGUGCGCUUUCAGGGUCAAUAUUCAACUAUUUGUGAACUGGAUUACAACAUAUUGCAAGUAGAGAUUCAGAAUGCACAGAAAACAGCUGUGUCAUCUCUGGAAGUUGGAGAAAUGUGUCUUGUCGAAGAUUUUUUAUCUUCUCACUGGUACAGAGGGAGAGUGAAAAACAAGGAGAAAAAUUUGUUCAAUGUGCUCCUCCUUGACUAUGGAAAUGUCCUCACUGUUUGUGCUGCCCAUUUGGCCUCUGCGUCUGAUGAGUUACUAAUGCUACCUCCCAAAAUUAUCUGUGGCUUUUUUGCAAAUGUCUUGCCAGUAGGAGAAAGUUGGAAUGCACUGUCAGCUAAAUACUUCUCCUCUCUGAUAGGCAGCAAAAUCAAGGGAUACAUCCAUGCCCUUUUGCCACACAAAGUCCUUAUACUGGAAGUGCCUGACAUUAACAGAGAUCUGUUGAGGUUUAGCUUCGGAAGACAUGCAGAUACAGACACGUUUCUUUUGCUGGUGGAAAUGCUGAUGAAGGUGCCGAUUAAGAAGAGCGAUGAAUCUGUCCCUGACCUGUUAAUAGAAAGACAAUUCAGUCAGGAACUUUGCUUUAAAUCCUCAGGUCUGCAGGGCUUUGAAAAUGUUCUCUCGUUCUGUGGCCCAAAACUGAUCGCCGGCACAAAGGAAAAGGUUAGGAUAACAGCUGCGGUGAACCUUAGUUCGUUUUACUGUCAGUCAACCCGUGUAGCAAAGGACCUAAAGGAGAUGUCGGAAAAACUAGCGAUUGCAUGUGAAUCUGGGAGCCCAGACAGUAGCUGUAAACCUACUGGAAACUUGGGCUUACUCUGUGCAGUGAGGGGGAAAGAUGAAAAAUGGCACAGAGGUUUUGUGCAGUAUUUGGCUGCAAACUCCCAAGCGAGAGUGAUAUUUGUUGACUAUGGAUACUGCGAAGCAGUGAAAGUCGAGAAUGUCCUUCCCCUUCCUUCAGAUUACCUCUCGAUCCCUAUCAUGGCGUUCCAGUGUUCAAUGUCUUGCCUCAGAGAGCAAGAUGAGACCAUUAGGAACCACCAACUGGAGAUUUUAAAGAGUGGGCUUUUGGGUGGAGUCCUGGAGGUGAGCAUCGAUGACUUUGAUAAGGAGCAGAAUUUGUAUUAUGUCACGUUGCACAUUAACGAGCAUUGUGAACAUUUGAAGUCUGGGCAAACUCAAGAGUUUUCUGAGCCACAGAGGUUUUAUGCCAUGGAGAAUGAAGAGACCUUUUCUCAGAGCUACUACCAUAUGCAGAAAACAAAUGAGACAAGAAGGAUUCAAACUUCAGGCAAGGCUGUCCAUCCUCAAACUGUAAUAGUCAAUAGUAUAUUUGAAGGUUAUGUUGAACAUGUCCAGAAUCCAAGUGAUUUCUGGUUGAGAACCGCAGACCGCAAUCUCAGCUUUGAGGACUUGUUGAACAGAAUGACCAAGUAUUACAAUGAAUUACCAUUGGCUGAGGAAGUUCUUGAAAAUCCAGUACCCGGGACACUUUGCGCUGCAAUGUAUGAAAAAGACAUGCAUUACUACAGAGCUGUUGUAAAAGACACCCUGGAAAGUGGAGCUGAGGUUUUUUUCAUCGAUUUCGGAAACACAGAAAAGGUCCCAAGCAUGGUGAUCAAGAAGCUUCCUCAGAAAUUUACAGCUGAACCAGGAUUUGCCAUUAAUUGCUCUCUUGCUCACACAGUCCCAGUGGAGGAUGUUUGGACAGGCGCUGCUACGGAUUACUUCAGACAGGUAACCUCAGACACAGCACUCCUUGUGCAUGUUGUCCACCAAAAGAAUGACCGACAUCUUGUUGAAUUGUAUCUGAAGGGUACUUCAGAUUGUGAGAGCGUUUCAAUGCUUAUGGAGGCAGCAAACAUGGCUGAGUUUUGGAGAUAUACACCAACAAAAGCUGGAGCUGGACGCAGCCAAGUGCAGAAAAAAUCACAUAGACAUAAAGGCAGACCAGUGGACAAAUCCAUAAGAAACGUGCACUGUCAGAAUGUGUCUAGACAGGAGUGUUCAAGAGUACCUGAGAAGGUCAAAAAUCUGGACAAUGAGGCAUCAAAUCAGAAACUCUUUCACGAAAAUGGGAUUUUUACGCCGCAGAAGUAUUGGCCUGGAAAUGAAUUAAGGGUCAGGUGUUCUUAUGUAAACUCCCCUUCUGACUUUUGGUGUCAGAAUGAGAACCAGAUGUCUGCCUUGGACAAACUGAUGGAAGAUAUGCAAAAUUUUUACCAAACACACAUUGACCUGUCACAGUCACACAGAGAAGUAUGUUGUGCUGUUAAGUCUCCGAAUGAUAAUCGAUGGUACAGAGGUUGUGCUCUUGGAGCGAAAAAUGGAAAAAUCGAAGUGAUUUUGGUUGACUAUGGCAUGGUCGUGGAAGUUAAGAUGGAGAACGUUCAGGCUCUGUUGCCAGAGUUCUUCAAACUUGAAGGUCAAGCAUUCAGAUGCAGCCUAUGUAACUUGAUCCGACCUUCAAAUGGAAAUGCUUGGAGUGAAGAAGCAUGCCAUUUAUUUAGGGAUUUUACUACUCAGAAUUCACUCAGUCUAACAUGCAGCAUCCAUUCUCAAAUCUAUGUGAAACACAUAGGACUCCUUCACAUUGUUGACAUUCAUUCAGAGUUUCAGAGAGCCACCACAAACCUUGUCGAGAAAGGACUUGCAGUGGAAAUCCAGUCCAUGAAUCAUUUACUUCCCGUGGUUUAUCCUUGCUCCUUUGUCUAUUCUUCUUUCAACAUCAGCGUCGGAAGUGAAGAGAGAGUAUUAGUUACUCAUGUAUCUAGCCCAUGGGAGAUGUAUUUCCAGCUUGAUAGGAAUGCUGAGAUAAUUGACAACCUGAUGGACCAAGUUACAAAACACAGUGCUGACUUGGUAAAGGCAGGUUCUUGUUUGGAGGUGGGAAAUAUCUGUCUGGCCAAAUAUUUUGGCGAUGGUAUGUGGUACAGGGGCUUUGCUCAAUCCGUUCAGUCCGAUCUACAUUUGAGCAUAUUCUUUGUAGAUUACGGAAACAAGCAGGUUUCUGAAAAGAGUAGUGUCUUACCCAUUCCGAGACAGGCACUAGAUUUACAAAUGGUCCCUAUGCAAGCUUUGAAGUGCAUUCUUGCAGACAUUCCAAAGGGAGACAGCUGGCCAGAGAUCAAUGCCUGGCUCGAGAAGGCGGUUUGUAACAAGCUGCUCCAGGCAAAGUUUGUUGCAAAGGAAAAUGAUGGAAGUUUUGUUUGUGACUUGUUUGAUGGAAACAUUCACAUCAAUGAAAAAGUCAAAGAGCUCAUCGCUGCCCAAGACCAUAGUGACAACAUUGUAAACACAAAUUCUGCAGACAACCCUCAUGUAAUUUUGGAUACAUCUAGAGUGUCUCGCACAGGCAAAGCUAAAAGGAGGAAACACCUGAAAGCAGGAAUGGUUUCUGGACCUUGUAAGACCAAAAGUGAGAUAAAGCAUUCUCUCCUGAAAUCCCCCCAAAUCCAUUUAUGCAAUAAAGACACAAAAUCUGGAUUGUCUCAUGCAUGCCAGCCAGUGAAACAGACUGAAGAAAAAUCCAAUUUUAAGUCCCUUCUCUCAAAUGGAAAUAUAGAGAAGCAACGGGAUGCUCCCCACUCCUCCAAACUGGAAACCCCUACGGUAGCAUUUCCAAAACUCUCUGAUCUUCCUGAUGUCAAAAUAUACCCUGGGUUUUCUGUUGUAGGGUUUGUGUCUCAUUUCAAUUCUGUUAACAGUUUCUUUGUCCAGAUGGAGGACGAUGAACAUGCAAUUCUUAAGAUGGGAGAGAAACUCAACAGCGAGCUACUCCGUGGAGAUAUUGAAAAUGUAGGGAAAAGGCUGAAAGUUGGGGAUCUGGUUGUGGCUGAAUAUGAGGAAGAUUCAGCUCUAUAUCGAGCAGUAGUUAAAGAUGUCGCCGCUAGUGGCCUCUUAACAGUUGAGUAUGUUGACUUUGGAAAUACAGCAACUGUUGACAAAGAGAGAAUACAUCAGCUGCCAACUUCAUUUUUGUCCCAGCCAAGACUAAGUGUACCCUGCACACUCACAGGUACUCAGUCUUUUGAAGGUGAUAUGCCUUUUACUGACAAACCUAUUUUGGUUGAAUUCCUGAAAUGUUUGAGAGCUACCUGGGAGGUGAGCAUAAAGGUUCCUGAAAGUAGCUCCGCACAUGUGGGUCCAGAAAAGUGUGACCACAGUGAAAGAAAGGUGUUACAGCCUCAUUCUAUCAGAAGCCAAAAUCUACACAGGACAGAUAGCAUAACCCAAAAUGAGCUAGUCACGGACAGUAGGGAUCCUGUGACUUGUGAAGAGAACCUGAACCUUAAAGAAUUUGAAUCCAACAGGCAAGUGGUGAUUAAGUUAGACGGAGACACAUGCCUCGUUAAAAGUAGAUCUGAAGAUAUUCAAGGUGCUCUGCCGAAAAGUACUACAACAAAACAAAUCCAAAGACUGCCUGCUCAGUUGCAGCAACACAAGACUAAAAAAAGCUGUAAGCUUGCUGCUCACAAAAAGCUCCAAUUCAGACAGUCGAAUGAAACAAAUGCUUUGAAAGCUAAGCCGCCUGACAAGGUGAUUGUCCCGAAGUUCAUGAUUCCAGAAAUGACGUCACAUGAAAAAACCCUGUACGUCAUCAGCAGGAGCAACGCUGGAACCUCUGCAGAGCUAACACAGAAUGUAGGCUUUUCUCAGCUGUGCAUCAGAGAAAGAGAGACUGAGGCUGGGAUGCUUCUGUCUGUUUUGGAUGAUGGAGAACUUUACAUAAGACUUGACAAGGUUGCUGGUCGUGUUGCUGAUCUUGAACAAAUUAUCAGUAAAACCGUGGUGAGAUGUAAAGUGAUACCAAAACAAAAUGUUAAGGAAGGGCUUGAGUGUCUAGCUAAAUCCGCCGAAACUAACCAGUGGGCCAGAGCUGCUGUUUGCUGUGUAAUUCCCGAUAAGGAAAAAUGCACCGUUCUCUUUGUGGAUUUCGGCACAAAAGAAAUGAUCUCUGUUAAAUGUAUCAAAGAGAUCGAUGGUAGCCUUAAGCAAAUUCCUGUGCUUGCAGUUCAUUGCAAGUGGAAUGGUUUUAGAAAUUCCAACAGAGAGGCUAAGACAAUGCUAAAAGAUACUCUCAGGUCAGUGGUGGGCCAAAACAUCAAAGUCAUGUUUGUGUCCUAUUCUGAAAGUAGUCAUCUCUGGAAUAUAGAGAUUAUGAUGAAUGAGCCAUUCCUUAUUCAACAGCAUGGAUCCCUCUCUGUUCAACAUGCAGAGGAAAAACCAUCGCAUCUUCUCGGGUCAAAUGUUUGCCCAGGAACAUCAAAAGCAGUAUUCUGCUCGGAGAAAGAAAGUCAUGCUCCAAGGCUUUUUCUGGCUCCUGUUAAAAUGGAUCUGGAAUAUUCAGGGUUUGCAGCUGCAGUCACCACCCCAGGUGAAUUUUACAUUGUUCUUGAGGACUUGCUACUUGUCAUGAACACAGUGUCAAAUAUUCUCGAAGAGCUGUCAGAUGUUUUAGAUCCAUUACCACAGACACAACUCAGACCUAGCUCUGGUUGCUUAGUGAAGUUCGAGGAGAAGAAGAAAUGGUGCAGAGCUGAGAUUGUACAUCUUGACGUGACAUCGGUGGUAAUCAACCUUGUCGACUAUGGCCACUAUGCACACGUUCCCUGCAAAGACGUAUGCCAAUUGAAACGACUUCCUGAGGAGCUUGCUAGCCUACCAAAAUUAACUUACCCUUGCCUGUUAAGGGGAAUUAAACCACUUGAAGAAGGAAGUUGGUCAGAUGAUGCCAUAAUCUUCUUCCAGAAAUGUAUCUAUCAGAAACAGCUGCAGAUAUAUUUCAGACAGCCUGUUUCAGAAGGAAAGUGGGAAGUUGACGUCCUUGCAGGAGGUAUGAAUCCUGCCAAAGAGCUAGUGGAUGCUGGCCACGCCUCCUACAUCGAUAGUAUGCUGGGACUCAGAUUUCGGCAAGUACUUGAAUCCAAAGGAAUGCCCCAACAAAGCACUGCCAGUAACUCUAUGGAAGUCAAACCAGAAGGAUCGCCACGACACUUAGAACUGAAAGAUAUGGAACAGUCAGUGAAAAAAAUGGAUUUGGGAAUAAGCAAAGUGGAAUCAGCCCCUGGAAAUCAGCUGAAGGUCACCCGAUGUAAGUGUUACAUCUCGGUUAUCUACGUAUCUACAAGCAGUUGUAAUGGUGACAGUGAAUUGGUCAAAAUGGUCUUGUCAGAAGUGGGAUUCGAACCCACGCCUCCAGGGGAGACUACGACCUGA